CUUCCUUUAGAAGAAGACCUUCACCUCUAAAGGAACAGCCUUAAAGCUCCAGACUUGCACAGGUGUUGAACCUCCGAGUCUACGUCCAUGGCCGAGAACCAGCCGUACCGCUAUGGGCUCAUCGUUUUGGGGAUGGCCCUGGUGGCGUUGGGUAUGUUCAUGAUUUCUGUAGAGGAGCCACAGGUUUUUGCCACAUUCUGUGCUAUGGGAGUACUGCUGAUGGGAAUAGGAACAAUUUGGUCGCUGUGUCAGUGUUACCCCAAGGUGACUCUCAUACUACCGGAGAAGGAAGUGCUCUGUGCAGCUGAAAGACAAGAUCCAUGUGCUGUUGAAAGCUUGGAUGAAAAAAGUUCAACAGAACAAGUAAAAGCUCCCCUGGCUGGAUUCUGUGAUGUUGAAAAAGUAGAUAUAUCCGCAGAUCCACAACUGCAAACAGAAGAUAAAAACCAACACCGUGCUAUUGUUCCUCACCCAUCUCAAAGGUCUUCAGACAGAACCCUGGCCUCCUCCAGCACUCCACUGCCAGAGAGCCGAACUUUUGGACCUGCUGGCACUGACAGAGAGAUGUAUUAUGGGAAAGUGGAUGAUUCAUGUUAUACAUCUGAUCUGGACAGUGAAUAGUUGACAUGUUCCACAAAUAUGCUACAAAAUUUGGGGGUUUUAUUUUUUUCAGUAUAUAGUCAGUGAAGGAAGGUGCUUUGACCUCAAGAAAAUGUUUUUCGUCAUCCUCAGGAGGUCAAAAUAAAAGAAGCAGUUUUA